CGGUCAUCAAACAUGGCAGACGUACCGAUCGAUUGUGAUUUCCCUGUCUGGGGAUUAUUGCCGAAAAAAGAAACAGGAGUUGUUUCUUUUUUGAACAAGUAUCCAAAUUAUGAUGGAAGGGAAUCUAUUAUUGCAAUAUUUGAUUCGGGCGUUGACCCGGCGGCGUCUGGGCUCACGAUCACAAGUACAGGAAAAACCAAGGUGAUAGAAAGAUUCGAUUGCAGCGGUUGCGGCGAUGUAGAUACAAGCACAGUAAUAAAAAAAGUUGUAGAUGGAUGUAUCACCGGUAUUACGGGUCGCAAGUUAAAGAUUGAGGAAUCAUGGAAGAACCCCACAGGGGAAUGGCGCGUGGGUGUCCUUUAUCCAUUCAGUCUAUACCCCACGAGGGUGAAAGAGAGGAUACAAGAGCACAGAAAAGAACACUUUUGGGAUGUGGGUCACAAAAAGGCAUUCGCUGAAGCCAAUAAACAGUUGCAGGACUUUGAAAAUGAAGUUGUUUCAAAAAAUUCAACUCUCAGUCCAGAAGAUAAAGUAAUGAAAGAGGAAUUGGAAGCCAGAGUGGAGGUGUUACAGAAUGCUGAAAAGAAGUACAAUGAUUUGGGUCCCACUUAUGAUUGCGUGCUGUUCCAUGAUGGAACUGUUUGGAGAGCAUGUAUAGACACGUCAGAGACAGGGGACCUGUCAACAGGGCCUCUGCUGGGCGAGUACAGUGUGACGCACGAACACACGCACCUAACUGCCUUGGAUGAGAUGACUGUUACCAUUAAUGUACAUGACGAGGGCAACACCCUUGAAGUUGUGGGGAUGUGCUCGACCCACGGCACGCACGUAGCUGCUAUCGCGGCCGGCUACUUCCCAGAGGAGCCAGACCGGAAUGGAGUAGCGCCUGGAGCACAAAUAGUAUCAUUAACCAUCGGUGAUAGUAGACUAGGGUCUAUGGAAACCGGUACAGCACUGGUUCGAGCCUGCAUCAAGGUGAUGGAACUGUCAAAUAGUAUGAAAAUAGAUGUUAUAAAUAUGAGCUACGGUGAACACGCGCAUUGGUCGAAUGCUGGUCGUAUUGGUGACAUAAUAAGCACGGUGGUGCGUCGUUACGGCGUGUCGUGGGUGGUGUCGGGCGGCAACCACGGGCCUGCGCUCGCCACCGUCGGCGCGCCGCCGGACAUCGCGCACCCCGUGCUCAUCGGCGUGGGCGCGUACGUGUCGGCGGAGAUGCAGAGCGCGGCGUACUCGAUGCGCGCGCGGGCCCCAUCCGGCGCGUUCAGCUGGAGCUCGCGCGGGCCGUGCGCGGACGGCGCGCUCGGGCUGGCCGUGUGCGCGCCUGGCGGCGCCGUGGCGUCUGUGGCGAGGUUCACAUUGCGGAAUUCGCAAUUAAUGAACGGCACUUCCAUGGCGGCACCACAUGUAGCUGGAGCAGUUGCGGUACUUAUAUCGGGUUUAAAAGCAAAGAAUCUACCGUAUUCGCCAUAUUCAAUGAAGAGGGCACUUGAAAAUUCUGCUACGUAUCUGGAUCAUGUGGAGCCGUGGGCGCAGGGAUGUGGCUUACUUAAUGUGGAAAAGGCGUUCGACAUACUGUCGACACAUCACGCAGCCGCAGAGCGCGACGUGUCGUUCAACGUGUCGUGCGGCGCGGAGGGCGGCAAGGGCGUGCUGCUGCGGCCGCGCGCCGCGGAGCCGCCGCGCGACGUCGCCGUCACCGUCGAGCCCACCUUCCUGCACGACCACACCGACCCGCGCAACGAGGCGGUGAUCCACAAGCAGAUCCAGUUCGGCGUGCGGCUGGCGCUGACGUGCGCGGCGGAGUGGGUGAGCGCGCCCGCGCACCUCGAGCUGGCGAACGCGGCGCGCGCGCUGGCCCUGCGCCUGCACACCGCGCGCCUGCCGCCCGGCGCGCACUUCGCGAGUAUAAACGCGUACGACGUCACGUGCGUGGAGAAGGGUCCGGUGUUCCGCAUCCCUGUGACGGUGCUGCAGCCGGCGCCGCUGCCGGAGCCCUACGUCAUAUCAGAGACCAAUGUGCUGUUCAAACCGUCCACCAUCAAGCGGCACUUUGUUAUACCGCCGUUGAACGCGACGUGGGCGGUGCUGAAGCUGACGCGUUGUGACGGCGAGCGCAGCGGGCGGUUCCUGGUGCACUGCAUGCAGCUGGCGCCGCGCCGCAGCUGCCGCACGCACGAGACGCAGAAGAUGCUCACGCUCGCGCACGACGCGCCCGCGCUGCUGCCCUUCCAGCUGCUGGGUGACGUGAUGCUGGAGGUGGUGAUUGCGAAAUACUGGGCGAACCUCGGCGACAUGACGGUGGACUACACGGUGGAGUUCCACGGGCUCAAGCCAGACUUUGGGCCGAAGCUGGCUCUGAAUGCACAUUCGCUGGGCUCCGUACUGAUCGCGGCGUUACGGGCGCAUGAUGUGCAACCCAGUGCACAGUUGAAGUACUCCGAGCCGGUGUAUCGGCCGACAGAAUCAAAAAUAUGUCCGCUAACGAGUCGAGACAUUAUCCCGCCGUCGCGGCAGAUCUACCAGAUGAUAAACACCUACACUUUUCACAUAGCUAAGCCCACUGAGGUUUCCCCAAUUUUCUCGUUGCUAUGCGACAUGCUGUACGAAUCGGAGUUCGAGUCCCAAAUGUGGAUGUUGUACAAUUCGUGCAAGCAGCUCAUGGCCGUGGGCGACGCGUAUCCUUCAAAGUAUUCCGUGAAGCUGGAGAAGGGCGAGUACACGGUGCGGCUGAGCGUGCGGCACGACAGCAAGGCGCUGCUCGAGCGGCUGCAGGACGCGCCGCUCGUCGUGCAGCAGCGCCUCGCGCAGCCCAUCGCGCUCGACGCGUACUGCUCCGUGCACGCGGCGUUAACUGGCGGCAAAAAGUUUACAACGGCCACGUUACCGGCUGGAAAUUUGCUCCCCAUCUACUUCACGCCUAUCCCUGCAGAUAAGUUGAGCCGGUCGAGCGUCACGGCGGGGCAGACGCUCACGGGCACGGUGACGUUCGCGAAGGACGAGGGCGCUCGGCGCGCGGACGCGCACGCGCUGCAGUACGCGCUGUGCGAGGCGCCGCGCAGACGGGACGCGCGCGACAGGGAGCGCGCCGAGCGGGACAAGCGCGCGCACGAGGACUACCGGGACGCGCUCAAGGACCUCGCCGCCACCUGGAUGCCCAAGCUGGAAGGCGAUAAAUUGGAACAAGUGUACGAAGAAGUGCUAGAGCGGUUCCCCGGCUACCUCGGCGCGCAUGUCGCCUACCUGCAGGCCAUCGACCCGCACACGGAUAGCAAGAAAUUACCCACACUCUCAGAGCCGGAUGUAACGACGGCGUGGUGCGAGCAGCUGAUCGCGAUAGCUGACAAAGUGCUCAAGGGUGUGGACCAGGAACGGUUGCUGGCACAUCUCGGGAUGAAAACAGAUACUAGGCCGGAUGCUGCGAAGAUUAAACAGGAGCAGGAGAAGCAGCGCGGCUGGGCGGUGGAGGCGCUGUGCCGGCGCGGCGCGGCGCUGUGCCGGCUGCACGCGCUGGCGGGCCCGGCCGCGCGCGCCAAGCUGGCCGACGCGCUCGCGCACAACCUCGCCGACCUGCUGCACUUCGCGGACCUGCCCGACACCAAGGUGAUCCACUACGGCGUGUGGCACUGUUUCACACUGAAGCAAUGGGGACGGGCCAUCAAGCUCCUGCACAAGAUCCAAGAGGAGCGGCCAUCGCGUGACGUGGACGAGCGGCUCGUGGCCGCGUACAAACAGCUCGGCUACGAGCACCUGGCUGAAGCUACAGCUAAAGCGAUGCCGAUUAAAUAUCCCAGCGCGUAUCGCCCGUUUUGAGACGCGGUUACAUACGCAAUGUAUGGGGCGGUGUGUGCGUGACACGCGCACAUAUGUGGGGUGGUGUGUACGUGACACGCGUGCAUGUAUGCGUACAUGUGUGGGGACACGCUCACGUGUGAACACACACUCGUGCGCAGGGUGUACGCGUGACACGCGUGUGUAUGCGUAUAUAGCGUUAUAGAUGUGGGAGUACGUUCACGUGUGCACACACACACAGACACAAUCUACGGAGCGGUGUGUGCGUGACACACGUACAAGUGACACACGUAUACUAGUGAUGUCAAGCUGCGUGACACACGUGCACGUGUGGUGUAUGUGAAGCUGCGUGAUAUAAUGUCACGUGACAUACAGUCAAGCUGCUUGAUACUAAUUUACAUACACGUGUAUUCGUGUUAAUAUCUACGUGAUAUACCAUGUGUAUAUUAUCACGCGAUAAAUUUAAAAUAACGUAUUAAAAUGUCACAAAUUAGUACGCACAUUGCGUGCACGUGUGCGUACGUGAGUAUGGAGUGUGUCACGCAGUUUGACGGUGUAACAUUUAACUCGCGUUAUUAAAGGAUGCAGUAUAGAUAAUUAAUAACUCAGGCCCAGGAAUCACAGAAACAAUAGAAAAUCUAUUGUGUCGUGGACCGAUCGGGCCGCCCGGGGCUCAAUUGGGUUAAUAUCCAAUUUAUAAUUUUGAGUGUUGUUAUUAUUUGAAUAAAUGAUAAAAGUGACGAACUUUUGGUUUAAUCACGUACAUUUGUUUUUCUAUGUGUGUGUUUUUCAAACCGCAAAAGAAGCGGAAGUCAAAAAAUAUUGAAUCUUCAUUUACAUAAAUGUGCAAAUAUCAAUAAAAAUUUAAAAUAUCUUAAAUGCAUCCUUUAAUGAUACAAGUUAUUAUACAGACGUAUGGAAGCACAGUUUGAAAUUAGUUUCUUUUCAUUUACAAUUAUUAAUAAUUUUCGGAAUUAUUAAAAUGUUCUGUGAUUCAUUUAAUAUUUUAUGUAUAUCAUUUUUUUUUAUUUUAUUUCAAUGUGUUACUAAAUUAUUGUCGAACUGUGUUUCUGUGUAAUAAUAAAUAUAAGUACGUAACUUUGUGCAGAUUAUACACAAAAAAACGCCAUUAAUGUCGGAAGUCAGUUUCUAUUUGAUAGUGGUUUAGAACUGCGGAUAUCGAGUUUUGAUUGCGUUGAAAUUUUUUUUUUUUCAAGUUUUAGUAAAAUACCAGUAAAAAAAUGUAUGCGUGUACUAGAGUACACACGUAAGAAGUGAAACUUAGGGAUAAAAAAAAGUUGGCGCGUAACGCAAAAAUGUCACGCCUACGGCGUAACGGAAAAAUGUCACGCAUACAGCGUAACGCAAAAAUGUUACACUAAAUUUUUGUCCAACCCCGAUAAAGAAGUUUCACUUCAAUAAAAAAUACAAUUUCAACUGACUUCAUAAAAGGAGGCUUUUCAAGUAGAUUAUAUUUUUUUUUGUUUGAACAGAAAACUGUUUUUAAUUUAUUUAUUUGUUUGUUGUGUAGUUGACAAGCUUUUUUUUGUAAUAAAACAAACAUUUUUUUUAUUGUUUAAUUGUAAUUUAUACGUACUCAUACUUUUAUUUUUCGCUAUCAAAACUCGAUAUCACAGAUUGUUACUUAACAAAUGAAAUAAAUUCGUAUAGAGAAUAAUUUUAAGUAGUUAUAUUGAAAUGUUGAGGUUUUAUUGAAGAAUUGAAUGUAUUGUGUAUCUAAUUUUUUUUCGGUUUGAUAAAAGAUCGGAUGUAUAGAUUUUACUAAAUGAAGUUUUAAUUAAGUUUGUUCAUGUUGACAAAGUUUUGUUACAUUAUGUGUAGUUAAAAAUAAAUUAAAUAAUCUGAUGAUACGAUUGAACAUACUUAAUAUUCUCUCUUAAGAAAAAUCCCUUACUUAAAAAUAAUCUUUAUUUUAAUUCAAGAUUCAAUUCUUCAAUAAACCCUUUCCUGUUAUUUUAAGACACACCGAUUUCUCAAACGAUACUCAAGUUGAGUUGUUACUCAAAGUUGAGUUCCGUUUGAGCAAUCGGCCGAUAGACAAAUAUACAUUUGUACAAAAUCAUGGUGUUUCGCUUUGUGAAGUUAAUGCUUCGUUUGUAACGGGACAAGUAUAUUUUUCUAUAUAAAAAAAAAUGGUUUUUCCAUCUAUUAAAUCCACGAAUAUGUGAUUUUUAGCGACUCAAAUAUUAUAAUCGAAUGCAGUAUCUAAAAAUAUUGGUUAUAAAAGGUUUUCAUUAACCGUCUUCCGUAAAUAACCUCCUCCUUUUUUGAAGUCGGUUAAAAAAUACUUGUUCCGUAAUACAAUGUGUAUGAAAAAAAUAAUUAUUGUGUUUUAUAUAUUGACAUCAGGGUGCUCAUGGCGUGCUCAAAGUGGUGUACCGUUGUGAUAUUUUUAUAUUAUAUAAAAUCGUUUAGAAAAUAUAAAUUGGGAAUUAAAAUCGUAA